AUGCAGCAGCUCACCACCCCGUUGCUUCCGCUCCUCGACGCGGACAGCGUCAAGGACUCUGCGCUCCUUGGCGCCCUCGGCCGCAUCGCACCCGUGCUUGUGCCCCAGGACCUCGUCUCGGCACUCCCCUCCGACGUCGCCUACCUCGUCCUCGCUGCGCCGGCUCUCUCGUACGAUGUUGCCGCCGACCUCCUCGACGCAGGCGCAGAGGCCAUCGUGACCGCCGAUACCCAGCUCAUCCAGCAGUUCGACGCCGCCGUCGCUGCUACUCGCUUCAUCUACCUCUCGGCUUCGGGCGCACCACCCGCACCCGAGACGCUCAACGCCGUUGCAGGUGCCGUCGUCACCCUGCCCACCGCCUCGGCCAUUGCUGGCGCCACGCAGCUCGUCCAGGCCACCGCAGACGGUCUGCAGGCCAAGACGUCUGGCAAGUCGCUCUUUGUGCUCGCCCCUUCCGGCGUGCCUUCGGUGGACGACGUCAAGGCGCUCGCCAAGCUCUCGGCCUCUCUCAUCGCCCCGUCAUCGGUGCUGUCUCUCGCUGAAGAGGGCCAGCAGCAGCAGGGCAAGCUCGACAUCGCCGACGCCUUCCUGGCGCCCCUCACCUCGGACCGCACCGACGGCCUCUUUGCCACCACCGUCGUCUCCGCCGCCGGCUCCGCCUCGCUCGGCCUCGUCUACUCGUCUCCGCUCUCCAUCCGCAAGUCCAUCCUCACCGGAUCCGCUCACUACCAGUCGCGCAACCGCGGUCUGUGGCACAAGGGCGAGUCGAGCGGCGCCACCCAGCAGGUCGUCUCCAUCCGUCAGGACUGCGACUCGGACGCGCUCCAGUUCGUAGUGAGGCAGUCGCGCGGCACCUCGGCUUCGGGCUUCUGCCACCUCGAGAACCGCGAAAGCUGCUUCUCCUCCGCCACGGGCCUCGCCAAGCUCGAGGCGACGCUCAAGCAGCGUCAGCAGUCGGCGCCCGCCGGCAGCUACACGGCGCGUCUGUUUAGCGACGCCUCGCUGCUGGGCGCCAAGCUGCGCGAGGAGGCGGCCGAGCUCGCCGAUGCGAGCAACACCGACAAGCAGCACGUGGCGUUCGAGGCGGCCGACCUGCUCUACUUUGCGCUCACCAAGUGCGUGUCGGCGGGCAUUGGGCUCGAGGAGAUCGAGGCCUCGCUCGACGCCAAGGCCAAGAAGGUGUCGCGCAGGAAGGGCGAUGCCAAGCCUGCGUUUGCCGAGCAGCAGAAGGCGGCCGAGGCCAAGGCUAAGACCGCACCCGCUCCCGCCCCCGCGGCACAGCAGCCCAAGGACGCCGAUGCGCCUAUCAAGAUCCAGAGCUACCGGUACGAGGAGCUGUCGGCAUCGCAGCGCAAGGAGCUGCUCAAGCGUCCCGCGCUGCGCACCGAGCAGGUCAUGGAGAUCUGCCGCCCCAUCCUGGGCGCCGUCAAGCAGCGUGGCGAUGCGGCGCUGCUCGAGCUCACCGAAAAGUUCGACCGAGCCAAGCUGCAGACGCCGGUGAGGCUGCCGCCUUUCGUCAACGACGAGGUGAUGGCCAAGAUCAAGCCCGAGGUCAAGGUGGCGAUCGACAUUGCGUACGACAACAUCUGGAAGUUCCACAAGGCGCAGAAGACGACGUUUGGCAACAAGCGCGCCGCGGACGUCGGGGCGGCGGGAACGGUCGAGGCCAACGAAGCGCCCGAGGAUGGCGUGCUCGAGGUCGAGACGAUGCCGGGUGUGGUGUGCCGUCGAUUCGCGCGUCCGAUUCAGUCGGUGGGAUUGUACGUGCCGGGCGGAUCGGCCGUGCUGCCCUCGACGGCGUUGAUGCUGGGUGUGCCGGCACAGGUGGCGCGCUGCCCGACGGUGGUGAUCGCCACCCCACCCAGACCCGAUGGAAGCAUCUCGCCCGAGGUGCUGUACUGCGCAUCCAAGGUCAACGCAUCCGCCAUCCUGUGUGCAGGAGGUGCCCAGGCUGUAGCCGCCAUGGCGUACGGUACCGAGACGUGUCCCAAGGUGGACAAGAUCGUGGGCCCGGGCAACCAGUUUGUCACGGCAGCCAAGAUGCUCGUGCAGAACGAAACGGACGCGAUCGUGUCGAUCGACAUGCCUGCCGGACCCUCCGAAGUGCUGGUCAUUGCCGACAGCUCGGCUGAUCCGGCCUUUGUGGCGAGCGAUCUGUUGAGUCAGGCUGAACACGGUCCUGACUCGCAGGUGGUUUUGGUCGGCAUCGCACUCACGCCGGCUGAACUUCAGGCUAUCGAGGAUGAGGUGGAUCGUCAAGCGCGUGCCUUGCCUCGAGUCGAGGUGGUUCGUCAAGCGAUCGACAAGUCGGUCACUGUGAUUGUGCCCGACCGCGCAACGGCGCUGGAAUGGUCCAACGCCUAUGCACCCGAACAUCUCAUCCUCCAAACGAUCUCGCCCGAAGAGCUGGUUAAGCUCGUCACCAAUGCCGGCUCGGUCUUUGUCGGCGCCUGGUCGCCCGAGAGUUGCGGAGACUACAUGAGCGGCACCAACCACUCGCUCCCCACCGCCGCUUACGCCAAGAGCUACUCGGGCGUCAAUGUCGGCACCUUCGAAAAGUGCAUCACCUCCCAGGCCCUCACCAAACAGGGCCUCCGCGGAUUCGGUCAGAACGUCAUCGACCUCGCAAUGUGCGAGGGCCUCCAGGCCCACGCCAUGGCCGUCAAGAUCCGUCUCGACCGAAUGGCCUGA